UAGACCCUGGUUUAUUUCAUCUUCCGUACCUUAUCUGUAGAUCCUGCAACGAGAGUGGCUAGCUAGAGGAAGGGGAGAAGCAUCAAGAAAUGGGGACAAGCAGCGUCCUGAUCGUGGGUGGCUCAGGGUACAUAGGGAGGAGGUUGGUGAAGGCAAGCUUGGCGCUCGGCCACCCCACCUACAUUCUCCAGAGGCGGGAGAUUGGCCUAGACAUCGAGAAGAUUGAAAUUCUGCUGGACUUCAAGCAGCAGGGGGCGCGUCUUGUGGAGGCCUCAUUUUCCGACCACCGGAGCCUCGUCGAUGCCGUGAAGCUCGUCGAUGUCGUCGUUUGUGCAGUGUCCGGUGUUCAUCACCGCGGCCACAGUACCUUGAUGCAACUAAAGCUUGUUGAUGCUAUCAAAGAAGCCGGGAACAUUAAGAGGUUUGUGCCUUCCGAGUAUGGAAUGGAUCUUGCUCGCAUGGCGCAUGCAGUACUUUCACCUUUCAGAACAACACUUGAGGAGAAGAUGGUUGUGCGGAAGGCGAUUGAGGACGCCGGCAUCCCUCACACCUACAUCUCCGCCAACUGCUGUGCCGGAUACUUCGUCGGAGGCCUGUGCCAGCCCAGAACCUUGCUACCACCACGGGAUCGCAUCUAUUUGCAUGGGGAUGGCGGCAUCAAGGCUGUAUUUGUGGAUGAGGAUGACGUUGGCACAUAUACAAUCAAGGCCGCUGACGACCCCCGGACUCUCAACAAGACACUUUAUCUCCGCCCACCGGAAAAUAUCAUGUCACAAAUGGCGAUGGUGGAGAUAUGGGAGAAUCUCAUAGGAAAACGACUAGAGAAGAUUUCCAUCUCCGAAGAGGACUUCCUCGUUUCAAAGAAAAGUAGCUGCAGACGAGAUAGUGCAGGCAACGAUAGAUCUUUACUACCACAUAUUCCACGAGGGUUGCCUUACCAACUUCGAAAUUGGAGAGGAUGGAGAAGAGGCCUCCAAGUUGUACCCUGAAGUUGUGUAUACAAGGGUUGAAAAUUAUCUAAAACGCUAUCUAUGAUGCACCCGCAUGAGCGUGUGUAUUGUAUGGAAUGGAUGAAGAAAUUAGAAGGGCUAUUGAGAUUUAGAAAUAAAAGCUAUCCCCUUUCCAACUA